UGUUCUCAUUGCUGCUUCUCAACCGCCCUCCUUUUCCCCUGGACCGACGCAGAUGGACGAGGAGUUGUUGCUGCUGCAGCAGCAGUUCCAAGCGGCUCAGGAAGUGAAAGCAGCGACCAGGUUGUCGGAGAGGAACGUGGUGGAGCUGGUGUCCAAGCUCACCGCCAUGGGGCUGCUGGGGGACGACCUCCUGUACUCGCUUAACGGCAAGGAGUACAUCACACAGGAGCGACUGCAGCAGGAGUUGGAGGAGGAGGUGCGGCGACGUGGCAGAGUGUCAUUGGUGGACCUGGGCACACUGCUCAAUGUGGAUCUCUUCUAUUGUGAACGGGCAGCCAAGAACAUUCUGGAGAAUGCCAAGCUGCAGGAGCAGCCGUGGGUGCAACUGGUGCAGGGCGAGCUGAUCACGCAUGACUACUGGGACGGGGUGGCAGACGAGGUGGAUGCAGCCCUGCAGGAGAGCGGACAGGUGGCGGUCUCUGAUUUGGCGAUGCGCUUCAACGUGGGCGCCGAGCUCAUGGGCUCCAUUCUCUCAUCGCGCCUGGGAUCGCGGAUCCACGGCACCAUGAGCGGCGGGCAGCUCUUCACCGGCGCCCACAUGGCUCGCAUGCGCGCUGCUGUGAGAGGGGAGCUGUGGGAGCAGCAUCUAGGGCUCUUAUCAAGGCUUCGUUUCAAUAACCCGACUCUUUCCCCCUCCUGCUUGCUGCAGAUCCACGGCACCAUGAGCGGCGGGCAGCUCUUCACCGGCGCGCACAUGGCUCGCAUGCGCGCUGCUGUGAGGGGCGCAGCGCGGGCUCUUACCGAGGCUGCUAAUAUGGCGGAUAUCUGGCCGUCUGUGGUGCGGGAGCUGGGGAGGGACUAUGGGAGGGAGUAUGGGGAUGGGACGGAGGUGAAGCAGACAGGAGAGGAUGCUGCUGCUGGGAAUGCUGCCGCUGCUGCUGAUUCUGCUGCUGGGAAUGCUGCCGCUGCUGCUGAUUCUGCUGCUGGUAGUGGUGGUGGUUUUAGCAAUGGUAGUGUUGCUGCCACUGAUGCUGCAGCUAGCAUUGGUGGGCCCAUGGAAGAAGCAGCAACAGAAGCCUCUCAGGAUGUAGCAAGCAAAGCAGCAGAAGCAAAGGGACAAGCUGCAGGGGGGGCAGAAGCAGGAAGGGCGGCCGGAGGAGGGGGAGGGGGUAAGGCGGAGGCAGUAGGGGCGGCAGAGGCGGCAAUGUUUGCGCGGGUGUUUGGGGAGUGUGUGGCGGAGGGGGAGGUGCGGGGCAGCAGCAAGGGCGGGGGCACAGGGUGGGUGCCGGAGAUAUUCGCGCAGCUGCAGCGGCAGAGCGUGGAGGCAUUCUUCUCACAGAACGCCUUUAUAACCUUCUCUGCAGUGCGGCAGCUGGGCAUCCCCCAGCCGCGGCAGUACCUGGAGUCUCUGUUUCUUGACAAGAGCAGCGCAUUGCUGCUCCAAUCCACAUUCACCCACUCCCUACACCAACGCCUUUAUCACAUUCUCUGCAGUGCGGCAGCUGGCCAUUCCCCAGCCGCGGCAGUACCUGGAAACGCCUUCAUAACCUUCUCCGCAGUGCGACAGCUGGGCAUCCCCCAACCCCGGCAGUACCUGGAGUCUCUCUUUCCCGAUAAGAGCAGUGCACUUCUGCUGGACUCGACACUUGUCCACUCCUCAUUGGUGCAUCAGCUGGACGCUGCCGUGGAAGAGGCGAUCACAGCCAAGUCAUGGUGGGCCCUCGAAUCUCUCUGCCACUGCUUUCCCCACCUGCAUUCCCCAUUUGCUUUCCCCACCUGCAUUCCCCAUUUGCUUUCCCCACCUGCAUUCCCCAUUUGCUUUCCCCACCUGCAUUCCCCAUUUGCUUUCCCCACCUGCAUUCCCCAUUUGCUUUCCCCACCUGCAUUCCCCAUUUGCUUUCCCCACCUGCAUUCCCCAUUUGCUUUCCCCACCUGCUUUCCCCACCUGCAUUCCCCAUUUGCUUUCCCCACCUGCUUUCCCCACCUGCAUUCCCCAUUUGCUUUCCCCACCUGCUUUCCCCACCUGCAUUCCCCAUUUGCUUUCCCCACCUGCUUUCCCCACCUGCAUUCCCCAUUUGCUUUCCCCACCUGCUUUCCCCACCUGCUUUACCCACCUGCUUUACCCACCUGCUUUACCCACCUGCUUUACCCGCCUGCUAUACCCACCUGCUUUACCCGCCUGCUAUACCCACCUGCUUUACCCGCCUGCUUUACCCACCUGCUUUACCCGCCUGCUAUACCCACCUGCUUUACCCGCCUGCUAUACCCACCUGCUUUACCCGCCUGCUUUACCCACCUGCUUACCUUCUUCGCUGCAAGCAUUCCCCCUCCCUCCCUCCCUCCAGGUGCGAUGCAGCAACAGCCCUCCCCCCUGCGCUCUCUCCUUCCAACUGCGCCCAAAUUCCGCAGCUCUGCCCCGUGCUGCUCAGAGAAUUACCUCUCCCAUGCCUCCCCCCUCUUCUCCAAUCUCCCCCCCUCUCCCCUCCAUCCUUCCCCCUCCAGGUGCGAUGCAGCAACAGCCCUCCCCCCAGCGCUCUCUCCCUCUGACUGCGCCCAACUGCUGCAGCUCUGCCCCGUGCUGCUCCGAGCACAGAAAGCCGCUGCCCUCGCUGCUGCCAGUACUGCUGCCAGUGGUGCUGGUGGUGCUGCUGCUGCAGAGGGGCAGGGGUUGGAUGGGGCGGAGGUGUAUGGGGAUACGUGUUUGGUCUCGUCUGCUCUCCUGCAGGUAAGCAUGUAUGACGAUGCUGCUGAAUACGAUGAGGCUGAUGAUGCUGAGGGAGGGGGUUCGGCCGGCCUUGCUCGUGUGUUAGUGGCCGCCCUGAAGCCCGCCCUAUUUGCUUAUUGGGCCGAGGAACGUCGCCGAGCCGCAGCGUUCACGUCCGGGAGCACCACCGAGACUCGGCGACAGGUGCGAGAGGCAGUGGAGUCUCGAGUGAAUGCCCUGCUGGGCCAGUUGGUGCUGUAUGCACAUGGGGCAGCAGCUUUCAACUCGGAUGAGGAUGCAGCCACUGCGGCCCUCAUUUCUCGCCACGUUCUCCGAACCUCGGCUUCCGAACCUGUCGAUCUGCUUCUGCACGCCGUGCUUCUGGACCAUGACGUCAUCACUGCCCAUGAUGACGCCAGCAGCAGCAACAACAACGAAAGUGGGAAACAGAGUGGGGAGCAGCAAGAGGGCACUGGAGCAGAAGCAGUGAGCGGGGGAGGAGCAGAUGGAGGAGCAGGAGCGACGGCGCGAGAAGAGCAGGGUGGACAGAAACAGAGGGAGAACGGAGCAUCAGGGGCAUCGGUGCUCGGCUCAACCCCAAUCGUCUACACUCCAGCAAGGCGGGCAGCGCUAGCAAAGCUGCUGCCAGGCGGCGGGCCCAGGGAGCGGGCUGUGAGGAUGGUAGCGGCAGUGGAGGGCAAGGAGGUGGAGGCGGUGCUGCUGCCAUUGGAGGAAGUUGCCGAGAAGGAUCUUGGGAUCCGGCUCAAGCGCCCGGAUAAGAAGGCUGAGCGGGCGCUACUCUUUUCAAUGAAGAAG